GCGGGCUCUAACAUCCUCGCCGCUGAUUGGUCGCGUCCCGCUCAGGCGCGAUUUCUAACGCGGGAAAAGAGGCAGUGAGGUCGGGUCACUGUAACGAGCCUGACAGCGGGAAGGGCGGAAAGUACCUACAUUUACUGACUCGGACGGAGCUUUUGUGUUUUUGUGCUUUUUUUUGCUUUACAUUUCUUUUUGGAAAUGAUUACUUCACUGCAGAAUCAGCUCGUAUCUGCGGAACGACAGACGCACUGACUUUUCUGCAGCUGGAUACUUUUCUUCGCACUUAGGCUACUUUGCUAGCUUCGUGGAGGAUUUUACACAGCACGUUUUAAAGCUUUUGAACUUUUAUUAUUUUAUAAUUUUAGAUAUAAACAUAUAUUUUUUUCCUACCAUGGCUGACAGCAAGCACCCUCAAGUUAUUUUUUGUAACGACUCUCCAAAAAGGGUCCUGGUCUCUGUUAUCAAGACGACUCCGAUAAAACCAAAAACUGUGGAUUCAAUGAUGCCCACCAGCCCCGGUUUCAGCGACUUCAUGGUGUACCCGUGGAGAUGGGGAGAAAACGCGCACAAUGUGACUCUGAGUCCGGGAUCAGGGAGCGGAGCCGCCUCUCCCACCAGAAACACCUCCGCCACAGAGACAGACAUUUCCUCCGCAGAGCACUUAAAGGAUGGGAUCCGUCGUGGCCGUCCACGUGCCGACACCGUCCGCGAGCUCAUCAGUGAAGGUGAGAACUCCACCAGCCGCAUCCGCUGCAACAUCUGCAACCGAGUCUUCCCCAGAGAGAAGUCACUGCAGGCACACAAACGGACACACACGGGUGAGAGGCCUUACCUGUGCGAUUUUCCAGAGUGCGGGAAGGCCUUCGUCCAGAGCGGCCAGCUGAAAACCCAUCAGCGCCUCCAUACUGGAGAGAAGCCUUUUGUUUGCUCAGAGAAGGGCUGUGGUAGCCGUUUCACUCAUGCUAAUCGACACUGCCCUAAGCACCCAUACGCCAGGCUGAAGAGAGAGGAGCCCACGGGAGAGCCAGGGAAAUCCCAGGGGGCUGACAACAAGGCCGUGGCUGAGUGGUUAGCAAAGUACUGGCAGAUGAGAGAGCAGCGAGCCCCUGCCUCAAGUAAAGGAAAAACCCUGAACAAGGUUGCCAUGGAGGACCAGGAGCAGCAGGACCCCAUGGACUUCCUGCCCUCCGAUGAAGGGGAGGAGGAGGAACCAGAGGAGGGGAAGAGCAGCAGUGGGGGCGGGGCAGCCCGGCGACGCCUCCAGGAACAGAGGGAGCGCCUCCACGGAGCACUGGCUCUCAUUGAGCUGGCCAACAACCUCUCCCCCUGAAUUCACCAGUGUAAACUAUAGCCUGGGGUUGCACCAUACUGAGUAAUAUGCAGUGUAAGGCAAAGUAUUGCAAGUGAGAUCUCUUAACGUCCCUCCUAGUUCAGCACUUCACAGGGAUUUUACAUUACCAGCGAUUUUACUCAGUGUUUGUAACCCUAGGAUUUCCAGCCUAACAGUGCACCUGUGAGGUUGGCAUAAGCUACAAGCACCUUAUUUUUGCUUCCAGUUUUAACGUUAGGCUGCUACUAUGGUAGAUAUCUUUAUAUGAAGAAUGUUUUCUUCUUUUUCUGCUUGUCAAAGAGAGAGAAAGACGAUCGUUUUCAUGUUUUGUUUUGGUUGUGUUGUGCACUUUUUUGUGGUAACGAGUUUUUCUUUUCUUUUUUCAUACAAGUUUGUGUGAUAAGUUGUGAGCAUGUUUAUGUUUGUUGUGUACAUAGGUGGGUUUAGGCGUGCGAGGUUGUGAUACAGGGUGCAUUCACCUACUGCACUCAGUGUUUUUGGCGAUGGUAUAACCAGUCCAGUCAAGAUGAAACCAGCAUAGGCUCUGUGUAUUUGGCCACGAAGGGAAAGCAAGAGGUGACAAACAAGAGGAAAGACUAUAAUCCUACUCUCAUUUUACAUUAUUAGUUGCACCUGAAAUUUAACAGUAGUAUGAUUUGCUGCAUAUAGACCUUUGUUGUCUCUUCAGCUCACUCUUCAGUGGUAUUUAAGACCACUGUUGUUUUUCAAACCCGCCACCUACUGUCAUCCUAAGGCUUUGAGGUUUGAGACUGCGCAGUUACAUUGACUAACUCAAGCUCAGAAACAUAGAAAUAGUAAGCUCCGUAUACUUUCCGCUGACAUACAGUAUAUGCACUUAUUAGUUUAUAGCAGGCAUUGCUUCAUGGUUACAAGCUGUACUGAAUCAUGUACAUUUAGUGUUACUUCUACUUCAGCAGUUCAACAGUGGGUUAAUGGUUAUGUCAAUGGUUGUCAACUUUAAAAGUGUGACAGUAGAAAGAAUAUUCAAAAGGUUCUACUUAAAACCAAGAGAUAGCACUUGUUUUGGCAAUACAAAGAGUUUUGCAUUUUGAUGCAUUCUGUGGUCUGACGGUGGCAAAUUCAUAGUCUGAAACACUACAUUAAGGGUUUCAUCUUCCAAAGCCUUUAUUAUCGAUUGACUUUCUUUUAAAGUUUUCUUCCUAAAAACAGAAAACACUUACCAAUCCCUUUGAUACAAUUAGAUGGUUAGUACAGUGAAC